AUGAUGAUGAAAACUUCCAAAACUCCAUCACUCUUAAUCGUUGCGAUUAGCUUUCUAGUAAUCGCAUCCAACGCUCUAAACCUUACUGAACAACAAGAGUACCUAAAACCCCACAACAACGCUCGUUCACAGGUUGGAGUAGCGAACCUCGUGUGGGAUGCAGCGGUCGAGUCCUAUGCACUCCAAUACGCAAACUCUAGAAAAUCUGACUGCAACCUUGUGCACUCGAAUGGACCAUAUGGAGAAAACCUAGCCAAGGGAAGUAGUAGCACGUUCUCGGCAACAUCGGCCGUGAAUCUUUGGGUCAACGAGAAACCAUACUACAACUACACUACAAAUUCUUGCACAGGUGGGAAACAAUGUUUGCACUACACGCAAGUGGUGUGGAGAGAUUCGGCGAAGUUAGGGUGUGCUAGGGUUCAAUGCACCAAUGGUUGGUGGUUCGUGAGUUGUAACUAUGACACACCCGGUAAUUACAUCGGAGAGUACCCUUACUAA